AUGAUAAAAUCGAGAUUUUUUUUUUCAUACUAAACUAAAGGUAUCUUUAGAAGAAAAAAUUAAAACAUUAGAAGGGAGGAUUUCGUUGUCAAGGUGGCAGACGAAGAUGUUCAUUCAAAAAGAUUGGCUUCAGCAUUAAACAUUGAUGAAAAUCAAAGUGAAUCAAGUCAUUCCUCAGCAUAAUCCAAUUUCUUCUUCAGAGAAUCCAACUUACAAAAAUUAGAUCUAUCCGAUUUAUAUCGUAUCGAUUUUGACAAUAACGAUAAAAUUUCUAUUGUCCCCACGUUGAUUGAGCCUUUAGAAAAUAUUGUUAAAAACCCAGGAAUUUAUCCCAUCUCUGAAUUCAAAAAUCACCACAAUUAUAAUUACUUAAAACAAAUAUAGAGAAAUGGCCAAAUGAAUAAGUUCGAUGUUUAUGUUCCCCCCUCAAAAGAUAUAACACUUUAAUAAUUUGCCAAAGCCUUAAACCUUAGAUAUUGUGUUUCAACAAGUACUUUUUCCAAUGUCCUCAGCUAGAUCUUCUACUUACUUAGUGGCUUCCAUGGUCCUGAUUUCAGCAGUAUUUUCGAAUAGUUCCCUGAUGAACCAAGAAAGUUUAUGAUCUCCCAAAGAAAACCAACUUCUGCAUUAUUACAUAAAGUUGAUGAAAACAUGUAUGCCUUGGAUGGUGAUCCAGGUAUCUUUGAAGAAGAACUCAUAGAACUCUUAAUGUCUGGUAAAAUUGUGGAAAGACAAUUAACUCAAGAUUAAGAGGAAUUCGAAAAUAGAUAUAUUAAAUUGGAUCCCAGUAUGCCACUUGUAGAAGACUUCCAUAGAUUUAUGGAGUUGAAUAAUGAGAUGUGUUUGAGAUCCUAAAUUGAUUGCAGGAAUCGAUCUGAAAAUCCUAUUGUUUUUGAAAUCAAGGCCAGAGGAGCAUGUCCUAUAAGAUACGAUUAUCCUAAUUACAGAGAUUACUUGGAUUAUGAAAUCAAUUAAUAUAAAGGAUUGUUUUAAUCCUUCGAAAGGGAAUAUUAUGAUUUGAUAAGAGGAGCAUUCUUAAAAUGGGCAAUCCAAUUAAAAAUAGGUAGAAUGGAUGGAGCCUUUGUAGCAUAUCAUAACCUAUUAGAAAUACAAGGAUUUGAAUAUAUAAAAUCCUCAGAAAUAUACAAAAGAGUAUUUGGAACUGAAGAGUUCAGUGAUUUAAGUUUAUUAGUUGGAUCAAGAAUUGCUACUAAACUGUUUGAUGAGAUCAUCGCAGACAUCAACGAAGACUUUGAAACUCUAAAAAUAGGACUCUAUUCCCAAAGCUUCACAAAAAAAUUAAUUUUGUUUGUAGAAAUUAUUAAAGAUAAAUCAGAUUUCUAAAAAGUAUUUAAGUAAGAAAAUUUGAAAGACGAAUAUGACUAUUAUACUAAGCAUCCUUUAAAAAACAAAGUACUAAAAUAUGAAUUCUUACUUAAACCAGAAAUUAAUGGAGUUGAAUAUUGUUAUCCAACUAUUUUUAGAAAAAAUGAUUUGAUUUCCAUUAAAUACAAAUUAAGAAGUUUGGGAUAAGCUGAUUUCGGAGACUAUAUGAACUUUCUUCACGAUUGUUAUAAACAUGAAGAAAUUAAUAUAGAAAUCAAUUAUUCUGGAGCUUGGCAGAAAUCGAUGUGA